CUGACGGGAGAACAAACACACGCGCCUUUAGAGGGAAGGGAAAGGACGGGGAGAGGUGGCCGGCGGAAGCGCUGUCCGAGGUACCUAAGCAAGACUACAGAGGUGUUUGCUGCGCCUGAUGCCACUAGGCGCGUGCGAAACUGAGACAUCCCAAGUCCAGCGAGAAGGGGCGGGCAACAGACCUGUCUAACCCAAAGACGCUCCAGCGACUGUCCUUUUCCAGCAGCACUUUGGGCAGGCAGCUGAUCCAAAGUACACCCGAAUAUACCAUGGAGCAGGAGAAAUAUUUACCCGAGCUGAUGGCAGAGAAAGAUAGCCUGGAUCCUUCCUUUGUUCAUGCAAUGCGCCUUUUGGCUGAAGAAAUUGAAAAGUUCCAGAGUUCUGAUGAGAAAAAGGAAGAUGAAGAUAAAAAAUACCUUGAUGUCAUCAGCAAUAAAAACAUAAAGCUGUCUGAAAGGGUAUUGAUUCCUGUGAAACAGUAUCCAAAGUUCAAUUUUGUGGGCAAAUUGCUUGGUCCAAGAGGAAAUUCCUUGAAAAGGUUACAAGAAGAAACAGGGGCCAAAAUGUCUAUCCUGGGGAAAGGUUCUAUGAGAGACAAAGCAAAGGAAGAAGAAUUAAGGAAGAGUGGGGAAGCCAAAUAUGCACACUUGAGUGAUGAACUACACGUAUUAAUUGAAGUGUUUGCCCCCCCUGGGGAAGCUUAUUCACGGAUGAGUCAUGCCUUGGAAGAAAUUAAAAAAUUCCUUGUUCCAGACUAUAAUGAUGAAAUCCGUCAGGAGCAAUUACGGGAAUUAUCAUAUUUAAAUGGUUCAGAAGAUUCAGCUCGUGGACGAGGCAUUCGAGGAAGAGGCAUCCGGGUUCCUCCUGCUGCUCCCGCAAGGGGACGCGGAGGUGCAAUUCCUCCACCACCACCUGGACGAGGAGCUCAAGCACCAAGAGGAACCCCUGUGACACGCGGAGUACUUCCAGUACCACCUGUAACCAGGGGUGUUCCGACCCCUCGAGCAAGAGGAAUUCCAGCAGUACCAGGUUACAGGCCACCCCCUCCCCCAGCACAUGAAGCCUAUGAAGAAUAUGGAUAUGAUGAUGGUUAUGGGGGUGAAUAUGAUGAACCAAGUUAUGAGGCGUAUGACAAUAGUUAUGCUACACAAACACAGAGUCUGCCUGAAUAUUAUGACUAUGGUCAUGGAACAAGUGAAGACGCUUAUGACAGCUACGCACAAGAAGAAUGGGCCAUAACCCGUCCAAGCUUAAAGGCACCACCUUCCAGGUCAACCAGAGGGGGUUACAGGGAACACCCCUAUGGUAGAUAUUGAAGGUCCUCUUCAUCUGUGACCUCACCUUAAAGACAAUUAAUAACCCAUGGUCUCCACGUAAACAGCAAUGAGACAAGUAAUAGCCCAUUUCUUUUCUAUCCUAGGAAUUACUGCUUAUGAUUACCCUAGAUAUACUUCUUGUGUUUCUACAUUGGAGUGACACUGGCAUUAGUAUUAUUUUAUAACAUGGACUUGACAAGACGUUUGGCAAGCAUUGUCUAAACCAUUCAGCAAGAUGAUGUUCUCUUGUUUGUGCCUCACUGUUGUGUGUAAUUUUAAAGCAAAACAGGAAAAAAGCAUGAAGCAGUUACACACCAUGCAUCUGUCCCGUUCCCCCGGAUGCUACUAAAGCUGAGUUUUAUCAAGGGUUGCUAAAAA